AUGACAAACAACAAUGCAGAGUCGUUGAACUCGAUGUUGAGAGAAGCCCGGUCGUUACCGAUAACCUACUUGGUUGAACACAUUCGGAGUACUAUGCAGAAGUGGUUUUACGAACAUCGAGCAAAUGUGAAAGAAUGCUGUACCUUAUUGACACCAAGGAUGGAGAACGAGCUACGGACGACUUUCGAAAAUGGAACUAGGCUUCGAGCCCAUGUCCUGACAAACAACUUGAUGCAAGUUGGAAUAUCCAACGACACGGACAUAGUUGACUUAGGGAAGAUGUUGUACGAGCUUUGCUCCAGUUAUUAUUCAUCGGACUACUGGAAGGGUGCCUAUAGCGAAACUAUAUAUCCUGUUUCGAGGGAAGUGGAUUGGGUUGUUCCGAGCUUAAUUACAUGUACUCCUAUUUUCCCACCACUCAUACGUCGUCCUCCAGGUAGACCACCAACCCGCCGUAAGCGUUCUAGGUAUGAGUAUGCAUGGUCUACCAGAAAAUGUACCCGCUGUGGUAGAGUUGGUCAUAAUCGGACCACAUUUUCAAACCCCCGUGUAUCACAUGCUCCUUAA